UCUUAGUUUAGUUACUCAGUUGUUGGUGAACUAUGCAAAGGAAAACAUUGUGAAUCAUGUAUAGAUGUACUGUAUUGUUACUCUGUACUCUGGUUGUACUAUCUGACUGUGCCCCUCGAGUUCCAUUUUACUGUCCAAGACUGAACAUUGACUGCAACCUUAGUGCUGCUCAUAUUUGCUGUAAAGAUUUCGUUCCCACGACUACUGAGGGUACAGUGGAUACAGUUGCUGUAAAUGAUACAGAGCCCAGUCUAAUUUCUGAUACUAACAAUUCUGAAAAUACCGAUACAGAUGAAGACACAGAAACAACUGAGAAUACAGUAGAACUAGAUACAGUGGAAUCUGAUACAGUGGAAGCUGAUGCAGUUAACUCUGAUACAUUAGAAUCUGAUACAGCAGAACAAGAUGAAGAUCAGAUUAAAGAUACAGAUGAUGAAACUCAAGAUGAGGUGCUUGAAGGAGCAGACUCUGAAAUAAACGAAGUUACAGUUCACCCAGAUCCGCAGGUUGGUGAAACCACAUCUGCUGGUCCAGUACAGUAUGCUCCCAAAUUCUGCAGAGUUUUGAAGUUUAAUUGCGAAACCAGAUCACAGCAUCCUUGCUGUAAACUGCCUCUUCCCCCUAAAGAUGAAACAGAAACUACCACCCAAAAGGUUGCACCAAUAAAAGCCAGUAGACCUGUUAGAAUAAACCCGGUUGUAGCUCAGGAGCCCGCACAAUCAAAGAAAGAUUCUCCAGUAAGUUCUAAACCCCGACCUUCCUUCCUACGUCCUGGUCGUCCUGGCGGUCUUUUCAAUAGGAGACCCCCCCUAGCGGUACUAUCAAACAACUCGAUUGAAGAAGAUGUAACUCAAGAAAAUACAGAGAUAGAAGGAGAUGAGACAGAAGGAAUGUCUCCUUCUGUCUCAUCAGCGAAGGAGGAGAAGGAGGAGAAGGAGGAAGAACCAAAAGAAAAAAUAAAGCCGACGAGACCGAAUUUUCUGCGACGACCCAGCGUUGUUGGACAGAAACCAGUUGUUAAGCCAACAACAACAGCAAAACCGAUUCAAACUUCACUAUUUAGAAGACCAAGCAGACCAAUCUUUAAUCCGUCCCGACCAUCUGGACUCAACGCUCUCAGGGAGCGUUCUUGCCAAAUUAUCAAAUACGAUUGCAGUAAGACUCCGACCCACACUUGCUGUCCUAAGAUUGAAGGAGAAACUAAAGAGAAAGAAGAUGAAACUGUGGAAACCAGUACAAUGGUGGAUGUUGAUGGGGAAUCAGCUGUUACUGAGGAGUCCAAUGUUGCUGAUGAGUCAGCUGUUGCUGAUGAGUCAGCUGUUGCUAAUGAGUCAGCUGUUGCUAAUGAGUCAGCUGUUGCUGAUGAGUCAGCUGACCAACAAGAGGGUCUGGAAAAUCAACAAGUUGAACCAAUUGUAUCAAAGGUCUCAUCUGUUUCGUCGACAGAGACUAGAAUAGUUCAGGCUACUGGCUCCAGGAGAAGAAAUCCUCCAAAGCCGCAGGAAAUUUCGGCUAACGAAGACGACAUUGUAUCUCAAGAAACUCCAUUCAAACAGCAGGAAGCCCUUGCAACAGAUCAAGAGGAAGCAAUUGUUAAUAAUCAGGAGCCAUACUUUGGAGCUGAUCAAGUGGUGACCAUUGAAGCAAAUCAGGAAGCGGCCAUUGUUCAAGGCCAAGUAGUGUCUAUUUUAGAAAACCAAGAGGCGGCCAUUUUGGAUAAUCAUGAAACGGCUAAAGGUACAGAGUUGGGGGAUUUAGUGCCUGAACUCGGUAUGCCGCUUGAACACAAUUUUCACCAAAGUUUACAGAAUUUUGAAACUGAACAUGAUUAUUCGACACUAGAAGAUACUGACCAAAAAACUCCAACGGAUAAUGAGGGUGAACUUGAAGAUUUAAAAACUGAUGAAGAACCUGAAAUUAAAGACCCUGGAUAUGAGAAUGCCCCUGGGCCUCUGAGCACCUCUAACACUCCUGAUUUCACUGUCCAGAUCGUCCCUUCCGCCCCUGAUUCAGUAGCCCCUGGAAUUCCUCCCAACAAUUCUGGCAAUCCUGGCAAUCCUGGCAAUUCUGGCAAUCCUGGCAAUACUGGCACUCCUGAAGGUGCUGAAUAUGAAUAUUACGAGCUAACAGGAGAUGGAGAAUAUUAUUAUGUUUAUGAUACAGACGAACCAAGUAGUGUGGAGCCAAGUGCAGUCAGUAAUCCUCAACCAGAAGGAGCAGUGAGACUUGAUGCAAACCAAAUAUCUCCGAGAAUAUCAGCUGAAUGCUUCAGAUUUGAUUGUUCUACAUCUCCAGCUCAUUCAUGUUGUGGUAGGAAGAAAAAAAGACAAAUCCAGAUAGCUGAAUUUAAUCAGCCGCUUCAUUCUACUAUUCUAAAUUCAGAUUUACCCGGUCAUGUGACCUAUUCAGUGUCUAGAGUGGAGAAAUCUGUGAACUGGGCAAAAAGAUGAAAAUUAUUUGUUUAACUUCAUUUAUUCCAAGAAGUAAUAGAAUUAAGAACGGGAAGAUAGGUUUUGUUUUCAUUCUCUGUGACGUCCUUGGAUAGUUUUAGAACUAGUUUUAUUGAAAACAAACAACAUUUCGCAAUUUACCAGCCUGGAAUUGUCCAGGACCUCUUGUCCUACCCAGGAAUUGUCCAGGCUCUCUUGUCCUGUCCCAGGAAUUGUCCAGGCCCUGUCCUAGGAAUUCCAAGCUUUUAAUUUUCUUUGUUUUUGUUAACUUAAUAAACCAGUGUCUGAGAUAUCUUAAUUCAGAAAUAUGUAAACAAUUCCCAUCCUCCCUCUCUCCCCUAUUCUAUUAGUUCUUCAUUUAUUCUUUGUUAUUGUUACUUAUUGUUCAAUAUUACACAUCCUAAUAAAAAAAUUAAAAAAUAGAUAAAUUUUCGAAAAACAGACUCUUAGGAAGUCCUUAUUCGAGCUUUCAGAAAAAAAUUGUCACGAAAUUAUUUUAAAAACCACUGAAAUUUGUCCCAAAAUAAAACAAGUUUAAUUUUUAUUUAAUAAACGUUAAGGCUCCA